UUUAAGAUCCCAAAAAACAAUGAAAAUCUCCUAAUCAUGCACACUCAUAAACUGUUCUGCUGCCGAUCUAAUUCUUCAUUUCCUACGCAUUUGCCAUGUGAAUUCUGUCUCGAUCACUGAACUCCCCACUUCUCACUAUUAUUCUUUCUAUUUUUAUGGAGUCAAUGCCAUUAAAAUCCUUCCCUAGAAACUUCUUCAACUCCUCUCCCCCUGUGUUAACCCCUUAUUGAAAAAGGCAUUAAUUAUAAUGGGGUGCACUUCUUCUAUACUUCAACAAGCUGGGGGUAAAAGGAAGAAGAUGUUGAUUCCUGAGGUUGUUGUUUUUGUACCAACUAUGCAAAUUCCUGUGCAAUCUGACCUUCAGAAAGGGCUUAAAGGCUUGAUCCCUAAAGAUAUGAUUGAUCAUCUUAUCCAUUUUCGCAAUCGCGCUAUCUUACUCUCUGAAGAUACUGAUGUUUCGGCGAUUCCUGAAAUUAAGCAGGCUCUUGAGGAGUACUUGCCUGUACUGCUUGGCCUCACUAAGAAAGAUUAUGGUACACUCGAAGCAGUGACAUUCAAAUGGAGGACUUUGGAUGAAAGAAGACAAGAGAUAUGCGCAUCGAAUACAUGGUACGAAGUAUUAUCUGUGGUAUACAUGCUGGCUGUUUUGACGUUGAUUGAAGCAAACAUGUUGCUUGUUCCAAAGCAGUACACUGGUUCUUCUGAUAGGAUAGUUUCUACAGAUUGUCAGAGGGAUGCGGUUGAUAUGCUUUUAAAGGCAUCGGGAUACUUAGAGUUUUGUGUGAAGAGCAUUCUACCUCAAUUAGGCCCGGAACAUAAGAACAAGUUGCAUAAAGACAUGCGUGAAGGUGCAUUAGAGGCUCUUUCACUUCAAGCACUUGGCCAGGGAACAGAAUUGCAGUUGGGUUUGGCUAUUGAUAACCAAAAAGCUACAUUAUCAGUAAAGAGGAGGUUAGCAUGCGAGGAACUGAUUUUUUUCACUCAGGCUCAUUACUCACUAUCAGUAGAAAAAACCGAUGAGAGUGAUGCAGGAAAGCAGUCAUUGGGCAUCCGAUAUAAAUUCCUAGAAGCCAAGGCUGCAGCUUACUUCUACCAUGGUCUGAUAGUUGACAAAAGCAACGAGCCAUCGUGCCAUACGAAUGCACUAGGCUGUUUUGUUGCUGCCGAGGAACUUCUUUCAGAGAGCAGAAAGGCCUGUUUAAGCUUUUGCUUGGCUUAUCCUGUUACCAGAGCUCCUCCACUAUGGGGUGCAAUGAAGCAUUUCCACCACAAGAUUCCAGACACUGCUUCCAAGAAGUCUCAGUUGUAUGGUUACUUGUUAGAUCAAGAAAAGGGCCUACAACCACCACCUGAAUUGCCAGAAUUCCAAUUAUCAUUGAGACCAGAUGAUUAUGAGUUGCCAAAAGUUGACUCUGCAUGGAGUAGAGAAAAAUGGGAGGUCAUAGGGCAGCCCCUUAAAGACCACCUAGAAGACCCAGAAGAUGUGACCGAGGAUGAAAGUUAAUACGGAUAAGGAACAUGUUCGAAACAUUAUACAUUAUCAGUUUUGCCUGUUCAUGAUAGGUGGUCCUAGAAACAUCUUCGAAGACGUCUAUCAUCUCAUAUCACCAGUUAUAAUAUUUCAUAUAGUGCUCAUGGAAUGAAGUUACAAGUUAUUCUAUGCUUUUGUACUGGACUUUUUUUUCUUAUGUAGAUAAAAGCAUACUUGAAUGUUCGUAUAUUAUGUUCAAAGGUAUAUAUGCAGUUCAAUCUA